GUUGCUAUUCGCAGUACAGCGGUUAAUUUUACUAAUGGACGAAACAAUAACCCUAGAGGAAUCGAGGCAGAAGAAAUCGAGAAUAACCAGAAUUACAACAACAAUGAGUGUCGUUCGCAGCGAACGAGUUUAAUUUCUCAAGAUUUAACGACUGCUGUUGAUGCCGAGGAAUUAGAACGACGUAAAAAACGAAUUGAUGCUAAUUUAUCUUACAAUAAAAGUAGUUCUGAUAAAAGUAGUAGAAAUGUCGACAUCAUUUCGAACAAAAAUCCUAAACAUGAUGUUAAAGAACACAUCAUCACAGAUGAUUAUAAAGAACCUACACAAAUAGACAAUGUAUCAAAUUUUUUUGAAUUAUUAUUAUUAGAGUUAAGAUUAGUUGACCUCUUAUCGUCUAUGUCAUCAUCGCCUAAUAUCGUUAAGAGACAACCAAGACUGAAGGCUCAUGACUGGUUUAUCGAAAAAUCUUCACCCAUGAGACUAUCCGAAUUUGGAUAUUGUGAUAAAUUAUUUUGA